GAAUCGGUUGAUGUAUUAUUUUUUACUUGUAUGUUUCAAAAACGAAAACAAUUUAUUGAUUAGUUUAUAUUUUGUUAAAUAAUGUGGAGCCGAUUAAAUUAUUUGUUAACCCAGUGAAUAUAAACAGUGAACAGAUGAAGAUCAAAAAGUUGAUAGACUCUUUUGGCUUUCGAAAUCCACCCUGGAUUUGAAAGAAACGAGAGGAAGAGGUGACAAACAAGUGCAAACAUGAAAAAAAUAGAACUCAACUCCUGUAUUAUAUGUUAAUACUUUACUUAUUUUUAAUUUAAUUUGUAUUCAUCUGGCUUUUUAUUUUUCCACCUUAUCUACAUCAAUCUCUUCCUCUCCCUAUUCAUCUUUAUUUUCAUCGUUUUACUUCACUUUUAACCCAAAACCCUUUAUAUUUUUGUGUCUACUUUUUUGGUUCUGUUUUAUUUCUCAUGGUUUUAAUAUGUGCUCUUUGAUCUUAGAUUUAAGAUUUUAUCUUUAAUCAUUCCUCCUUGUUAAAUCUGCCUAUGUAUCUCUACAAUUGGGAGAUUGCUGAUCUAGUUGACCUGUUAUUGUUUAUGAAUCUGUGCAAUUUAAUAUCAAACAAUUGGCGCUUACCAGAUACGCAUUUAUCUCUCUAUACUCAUUGCUGUUACCGUUGAAUAUCUUUGAAACACACACAUCAAAUCACAAUUAUGGUACCGGUGUCAAAUCGAAGUUAUCAAGGAUAUUUAAUUUUUGUUAAAAGUCAUAUUUAUAAGCUGAUAGCUUGUUUACUACUUUUGUUGAUAUUUAUGCAAUACUUAGCUGACUUUAUGAUAACGACCCAACGGUUGAUACAAUCGUCCGCCUCUAUAUCAUCAUUAUCAUCAACCAUCAAAUGGCCUCUAGUUAUGUCAGCAAUUAAUCACAAUAAUAGUAUAUUUAAUCCGACUUUGAAAGAUCGUCGUUUGAGCUCAACAUUAAAUGAGCAACAUCAACUACAACAACAGCAACUACUAUUACAACAACAUUCACAAAUUCAGAAUAGUAUACAACGAUUGAAUUCAAAUUUUAAAUUACCACCAUCACCUUCAUCUUCAUCUUCAUCUAAUGUCAAUGUAAAUGCCAGUGCCUCUGAAUCAACAUUUUCAUCAAAUAAAUUUGAUCUACCUGUAACAAACAACUAUUUAACCAACGCUAGUCAACUGGAAUUGUGUCCUUUAAUCCCUCCUAAAUUGGUUGGCCGUUUGAAGGUUAUGACCGAGAUUCUUGAUUGGGCACAUUUAGAAGAACAAUUUCCCGAUAUUGAGACCGGUGGUUGUUUUCGUCCUAAAAACUGUAUAGCACGCCAAAAAGUCGCCAUCAUAGUACCUUAUCGUGAUAGAGAGCUUCAUUUACGAAUUUUGAUACACAAUCUUCACCCGAUGCUUCAACGUCAACAAAUUGAUUACUGUAUCUAUAUAAUAGAGCAGAUGAAAGAUACUAUGUUCAAUAGAGCCAAAUUGUUUAACAUUGGAUUUAUGGAAGCGUCCAAGCAAAAAGAUUAUGAUUGCUUUAUUUUCCAUGAUGUUGACUUAGUUCCUGAAGAUGAUAGAAAUCUUUAUAGAUGUGCUGAACAACCAAGACAUAUGUCAGUUGCUAUCAAUACUAUGAAGUACAAACUUCCUUACAAUGGCAUCUUUGGUGGUGUAAGCGCUCUCUCUAAGAAACAAAUGAUUGCUCUCAAUGGAUUUUCAAAUGAAUACUGGGGCUGGGGCGGUGAAGAUGAUGAUAUGUCUCAUCGUAUCAGUUAUCAUGGAUUCCGAAUUACCCGUUAUCCUGAGACAAUUGCUCGAUACUCCAUGUUGAGGCAUCCAAAAGAAACACCAAAUCCGGACAGUUUGCUUUUUCCUAUUCUUGGAGUUUCAUUCUGUUACGGAUUUUUACAAGGGUUUAAAUUGAUUCUUGCCACCACCAUCAUGAUUAUUACUGUAAAUGAGUCACAAUUAUAAUAUUAAAUUUGGGUAAAAGGGUGUGUUACUUUCAACAUCCUUGUUAAAAGAUAAAUGAGUGAAGAUGGAAACAAGAAAAAGGUUAAAACAAGAUUUGAUCAAGUCUAUAUGUUUAAACAUGAUGGAAGACUAAAUCACUUAUUUUCUUGUAGUUUAUUGUAACUUUAUGAUAAAUUGAUUGCUGGUUGAUUGUUAGUCUGUUUUAAGUUGAUUACAAGUAUCUCCACCCUUGAUCACCAUCAUCACCACCAGACAAAAAAAAGUUGAUGUCAUUCAAUGUGGUGACUUAAUCGUAUUAGUUUUUUGUCUCUGUCUUAACUGAUUCAUUCC